AAGAGAGAGUUGUUGAGACUGACUCUCGAACGAUUGAACAAGUCGUUUGCUCGAUUCCGAAUCCAUCGAUGGGCUCCGUCACGGAUGUUGAUCUCCUUUCCAUCUCGAUGAAUCCCGCGUUCGAGUCGGGCGUGGACGUAAAAUCCCGAAUCAGGAACGGAUUGAAAUGGCCCCGUGAAUUCGGGGGGUUGUUCCAUCCAAGGAGGGAAGCGACGCAUGCCUCCUUUUCUUCUUGAAUGCAGGCCUGAGCGAUUUCCUCGGCAAUUCCUUUCUUGGGCAGGCAUUGAUGCAAAAGCAGACGGAACGUUCGCUUCCCUCACUGUAGACUCGCUUCGUGGAUUCCAAUUCCCCCUACCAAUGAACAGCGCCGCCAGCAUGCGAAUAAAGACCGAUAGUCGUUCGGGACCCGGACGAACAGGAGCGGAGCAGUUGCCAAGAAAUCAAGAAUCCUCUCUGCGGAAGCGACCCAGAUGGACCCACCCGGUUCUUCCGGCGCGGGCUCGCCGGAGAAGGAGCGCCCGCUCCUCAGCGGCGGCGACAUCGUGGGCGGCGCCGUCGACUCCAAGGGUCGCCCGGCGCGCAGAUCCUGCUCCGGCGGGUGGAGAUCCGCGUCCUUCAUCAUCGGCGUGGAGGUUGCCGAGCGAUUUGCGUAUUAUGGGAUAGAGGCGAACCUGAUCAGCUAUUUGACGGGGCCGCUAGGGGAGUCGACGGCGGCGGCGGCGGAGAACGUCAACGCGUGGUCGGGGGCGGCGUCUCUGCUGCCUCUCGUCGGCGCCUUUGUCGCCGAUUCUUACCUGGGACGUUACCGAACCAUCAUCAUUGCGUCGUUUCUCUAUAUUUUGGGACUUGCUUUGCUAACUCUAUCGGCUGUUCUCACUUCUCUUGGCACAUCUGAAUGCCAAAACACCACCAAGAUAACAUCCUGUCCGUCCUCUAAACUCCACGUCGUCUUGUUUUUCUGCUCUCUCUAUAUGGUGGCAAUUGGACAAGCUGGCCAUAAACCAUGUGUUCAAGCUUUUGGGGCAGAUCAGUUUGACGGACGAGACCCAGUGGAGAGCAAAGCUAAAAGCUCCUUCUUCAACUGGUGGUUUUUUUGCUUAUGUGCAGGAGUCACGGUGACACUUGUGGUCUUAGUUUACAUUCAAGACAACCUCAACUGGAGCCUUGGAUUUGGAAUUCCCUGUAUUAUAAUGGUAGUCGCAUUGGCCAUUUUCUUGAUGGGGACGAGGACUUAUAGAUUCAGCGACCGAAGUAAUGGAAGGAGCCCAUUCAUAAGAAUUGGUCGUGUUUAUGUUGCUGCAGCUAAAAAUUGGCGGAAGAAUGCUCCAUCGUUGCCUAAUGAAGAGGAAGCUCUAAAAUUGCCUCUAGAGAAUUACAAGCAAUUCAAGUUUCUAAACAAAGCUUUGAUAAUAACAGAUGACUCGAAAGAAAACCAAACUAACGUCAACGAUGUUGAAGAUGCGAAGUCCAUGCUACGGCUUGUUCCAAUAUGGCUGACAAGUCUGCCAGUUGCCAUUGUCUAUGCACAAACCUCAACCUUCUUUACGAAGCAAGGAGCCACAAUGGACAGAACCGUUGUCCCAGGCUUUGAAAUACCAGCUGCAUCACUCCAAGUGUUUAUUGCACUCGCCAUUGUCAUCACUAUCCCGAUAUAUGAUCGGGUUUUCGUCCCUUUUGCGAGAAGUUUAACCAACAAACCCUCUGGAAUCACAACACUGCAAAGAAUAGGGGCUGGGAUGUUCUUCUCCAUUCUUGCUAUGGUCACUGCAGCCCUAGUUGAAACGAAAAGACUGGAAAUUGCCCAAGAAUACGGGCUGGUGGAUAUACCGAAUGCCACAAUUCCAAUGAGUGUGUGGUUGUUGGUUCCCCAAUACGGACUUUUCGGGCUCGCUGAAGUUUUGACCACGGUUGGUCUGCAAGAGUUCUUCUAUGAUCAGGUCCCCUCCGAAUUAAGGAGCGUUGGGAUGUCUCUUUUCCUUGGUGAUGGCGUAGGGAGCAUUCUAAGCAGCAUCCUUAUCUCGAUCAUUGAAGCAGCGACCGGUACUGACAGUUGGUUUUCAAAUAAUCUUAACAAGGCACAUCUCGAUUACUUCUAUUGGCUACUCGCUGGGUUGGGUGCAGUUGGAUUAGCCUUAUUUUCCUGUUGCGCGAUGGCCUACAUAUAUCGGUGGAGGGCAAGCUGAUGAUCUGUACACAGUGAUUGAAAUCGUACUAGAUAGAUCAGAAAGUUUUGCUCCUCUUUCUUCUUUUCCUCUCGAAUUUUCAGCCACCUCAGUGUAGUUUCAAUCAUACAUUAUUUUCUUCAGAGCAAUGGUUGGUGCGAUCCUGAAGAAAAAUCAUGCGAAUAUGAAGUCGAGUUGUAUUCAUAAUUUGAGAUUCUCUGUUAUUCUAUAAGAGUGGCUUCCGGGCAUGAGUUUCGGGAAGUUGUAUUAGCAGAACAUCAGGCUGGUUCGCCCGGGAAAGUGAGCGAAAUGCAUGUCGACUGCCGCAUCAUGUCGGCUCACGCAGGAUCCACCCGAUGUCAGGCGGGUUGUCUGAGCCGUAGGACUUUAUUUAAUGGACCUUUUUUUCUACUAGGGAAUUGGGGUAGUGAAAUCUGCAGAAAAGCUGCACUGGUGCUGUGCAUUUGUCUGGAGCUUUCUAAUCUGCGAGGAGGACGGCGACGGCGACAACAACGGCGGGGAUGUUGGGUUUCUUGAGAGUUGUCGGAGUCCUCUCCUCGCUUGAGUUUGAUUGGUAGAUGGGAUUCGAUUCGGUGGGGAUUUUCUUUCUUUCAUUUUCUUUUCUGGGUCUUUCGAUAUUGCUCCGUUUGGCCAUGGAAUUUUGACUUGUGUACAUGAUAACGAAAUUGCUAAUCAACAGCGUGGUAACCACGAAAAAAGCGAGAUUGCCCUUUGAACAA